UCUUCAGUUUGUAGAUUCUGUCUGGUCGGAGUUCACCUCCGAGUGUGUAGGUGUAGCCGCAGAAAUUUUAGAAGAGAUCGUCGAUCCAGGCCAUGGCGAGGCGAGAAGACGACUCGUACACCAAUGGCUCGGUGUUCGAGGCGUCCGUGGAGGAAGGGAUGAGGGACAAGUCGGAGGCGUACGCCGAGGCCGACGUCGGCGGGCAGCCUGAGGAGGCCGACGGCGGCGACGCUCUCUGCGGCAAGCGGGCGUCAGUUGCUUUCGUCCAGCAGCUCAUCGCGGAGUUCCUGGCGACCUUCUUCCUCAUCUUCGCCGGGUGCGGAGUCAUCACGGUGAACGAGAAGAACGGCCAGGCCACGUUCCCGGGCGUCGCCGUGGUGUGGGGGAUGACCGUCAUGGCCAUGAUCUAUGCCGUCGGCCACGUCUCCGGCGCGCACAUCAACCCCGCCGUCACCGUCGGCUUCGCCAUCUCUGGCCGCUUCCCAUGGAAAAAGGUCCCGGCGUACAUGGUGGUGCAGACGGUGGCGGCGACGGCGGCGAGCCUGAUGCUGCGGCUGAUGUUCGGCGGGCGGCACGAGCCCGCGCCGGUGACGGUGCCGACCGGCUCCAACAUGCAAUCGCUCGUCCUCGAGUUCAUCAUCACCUUCUACCUCAUGUUCGUCAUCAUGGCCGUCGCCACCGACGACCGAGCGGUCGGGCAGAUGGCCGGGCUCGCCGUGGGCGGAACCAUCAUGCUCAACGCGCUGUUCGCCGGGCCGGUGUCGGGGGCGUCGAUGAACCCGGCGAGGAGCAUCGGGCCGGCGCUGGUGGGGAGCAAGUACACGGCGCUGUGGGUGUACAUCUUCGGGCCUGUCGCCGGCGCGGCGGCCGGGGCGUGGGCGUACAACCUUAUCCGCCGCACUGACAGGACGCUCGGCGAGAUCAAGAGCGCCAUCAUCAGCCGGCCGACAAAUUGAUCUGAUCGAUGAUGAGCUACGGAUCGGAUUGAGUCAGGCUAGCUAGCUAAUUAAGCUAAGCACACGUAUAUAUGUGCUGCAUUAUCCAUGAUAUGCUCGGCAUAAUAAGGUGCAUAUUCCGAAGUAAUGAACCUCCGUGAGAGACCAGAUGAGGCGAUAAUCGAUAUGAAUGUGUAUGGACUGGCCGGGUCUCGCCCUUGUUUGGGAGUA